AUGCUAUCUACAUUAGCUAAUCAAACACCACAGAGAAUGUUAUCUCAUAAUAUACAAUUAAAAAGAUUAGCUUCAACUACAGCAAAAGUUGCAUCAAAAUCAUCACAAGUUGGUAAAGUUUCAAAUGAUUCAUUAGCUGGUUCAAGUUCCUUUAAGACAACAAAAGUUAUUGAUACAAAUUAUGAAAAUAAACCAUCUGUAGUAAUUUUAGGUUCAGGUUGGGGUGCAAUUUCAUUUUUAAAACAUAUUGAUACAAAAAAAUAUAAUGUAUCAAUUGUUUCACCAAGACCUUAUUUUUUAUUUACUCCUCUAUUACCAUCAACUCCUGUUGGUACAGUUGAUGAAAAAUCAAUUAUUGAACCUGUUGUAAAUUUUGCAUUAAAGAAAAAGGGGAAUGUUACAUAUUAUGAAACUGCAGCUCAAGAGAUUCAUCCUGAAAGAAAUACUGUUAGUGUAUCCGGCGUUUCAGAUAUUACUCAAAUUUUAACAAGAUCACAUUUUGAAUCAAAAAAUGGUGAUACUGUACCACAUUUAAAACCAAAGGAUGAUAUUGAAAUUAAAUAUGAUUAUUUAAUUUCUGCUGUUGGUGCUGAACCAAAUACUUUCAAUAUUCCUGGUGUUGAUAAAUAUGGUUUAUUUAUGAAAGAAAUUGAACAUUCUUUCCAAAUUAGACAAAAAUUUGCUCAUAAUUUAGAAAAAGCAAAUUUCUUACCACCUGGUGAUCCAGAAAGAAAAAGACUAUUAUCUAUUGUUGUCGUUGGUGGUGGUCCAACAGGUGUUGAAACUGCAGGUGAAUUACAAGACUAUGUGACUCAAGAAUUGAAAAAAUAUUCUCCAUCAUUAGCUAAUGAAGUUCAAAUUCAUCUUGUUGAAGCUUUACCAAUUGUAUUAAACAUGUUUGAUAAAAAAUUAUCAUCUUAUGCUCAAAGUGUCCUACAGGAUACAUCAAUCAAAUUACAUUUAAAGACUGCUGUUGCAAAAGUUGAAUCUGAUCAUUUAAUUGCAAAGACCAAACAUGAUGAUGGUACUGUCUCUGAAGAAACUAUUCCUUAUGGUACUUUGAUUUGGGCUACUGGUAAUAAAUGUAGACCAGUUAUUACUAAUUUAUUUAAAAAGAUUCCUGCACAAAAUGCUUCAACAAGAGCUUUAAACGUUAAUCCAUUCCUUCAAGUUAAAGGUUCCAAUAAUAUUUUUGCCAUUGGUGAUAACGCUUUUAUUGGAUUACCCCCAACUGCUCAAGUUGCACAUCAAGAAGCAGAAUAUUUAGCUAAAACUUUUGAUAAGAUGGCUCAAAUUAAAGAUUUCCAUUCAACUUUAAGCAACAGAAAGGAAAAAAUUGACUUAUUAUUUGAAGAAAAUCAUUUUAAGCCAUUUAAAUAUAUCCAUUUAGGUGCUUUAGCUUAUUUAGGUUCAGAAAAAGCUAUUGCUAAUAUUACUUAUGGUAAGAGAAAUCUUUACACAGGUGGUGGUGCUUUCACUUUCUAUAUUUGGAGAGCUACUUACUUAGCAAUGUUAUUAUCUGCUAGAACUAGAUUUAAGGUAUGCAUGGAUUGGGUGAAAUUGACUUUCUUUAAGAGAGAUUUCUUCAAGGAAAUGUAA